GCUCAGCAACGGACGGAGACCACGACAACAACACGCUCCUGGUUGUUGUUAGCCAGAAGUGUUCGCCCUCACUUCCGCGUCUGUAUCCAAUGGGAGCGGCCGCCUACACGGGACGGAUGACGUCAACGGCUGAUCAGGGAUCCUGCACUCAUGUCCGGCUGCGGGCCGAGCGGGACGAGGGAGCGGAGUCAAGUCAGGCGGAGUCAAGUUCCGGUCGCAUUGUUCAAAAUAAACACCGGGACAACUGCUGAUGGACGACUGGAACCGCUGAUGUGAAGUCAGACCAAAGAGAGUCAGUGGGAAGCGUGGUCGUGGCUGUGACCUUUAACACGAGUCCCACAAACGUGUUGUGGAGCCACAGAUGGAAAACAGUCAGGAAGAUACUUCUCAGAGCAACACAGUGGUGGAAUCCCACGUUGUGUGUGAUGCUCCCUGAUCUCCCUCCACGUCCUGAUCGUGAUGGAGACGAACCGGAGACAGACGCAGAUAAACCUGGAUAUUGAAUGAUACGGUGAAUUCAUCUCAAAAGGAAAAUGAAAGCACCCAACAUGCAGGAGUUAGUAGAAGAUAAGACUUGUGUCUGUCCGUCGGCUUCUUCGUCACAAUCUGGAAGAAGAUUUUAUCUCAGCGACGGAUGUGUCAUAUGCAGCUCCAGGUCGCAAAGGUUAGCAAAGCAACAGAAUGACGGUGAUGGCUGGGGGCGGAGCUGCAGACGGAGACUGUGUCACUGUGACGUCACAUUUCUGCGGAAGUCCUGAAACGUGACCUGAUUUAAGCAAAGUUUCUGAACGCACCUGAUUGGCUGAUGACUGUGUUCUGAUUUCAGCUGAUCAACAAGCACAACAUCCAUCUGAGAUGGACGAGUGACGUUCUGGGUCCACGUGGACCGAGACCCGGUCGUCGUCGCGUGAACUGAAGCUCCAGUCAUCGACUUCAGUGGAACCCAGUUGCACUGUGGGUAACGUGGUCACCAGAGGACGAGCGUGUCGACACCAAGAAGAGCACGUGUCUCGCUCUGCUGCAUCCAUCCGGAGCCGUUUCCCGUCGCAGCAGCGUGACGCUGCACUGAGGAGUUCUGCACCAGACGACGAGCAGAGAACGUCUCUCCGGCCCAAACAACUCGGUUACGAUCAGGGAAAGAUUUCGUUCGCCGACCGUAGGAAACGGGAAACGAGCAGUGAUCUGUCUCCGGCCUCCUCCCGUGGGACGGAGGUCCGGGACAGAACCCCGGGUUCUGAGUGAAUGAGUGGUUUUCAUUUCCUCGCUCCGCUGUGUGACAUCAGACUCCUCUUCCCGCUCCGCCGGCCGCUGUGUGUUGACCGUCGUUCCUCUGAAGCAGCGUGACCAGCUCGUUAACGGGGAAUCUCAUUUCCUGAUUGCGCGGCCGCGGGCAGCAGUGCGGCGGCGAGCCGGACCCUGAUGGAACCUAAUGAGCCUCUGACGACACUAAGAGCCUCUAACGAGCCCUUAACGGGUCCUAACUGGCCUGAAGGUCCUCGAUUAGCACGCGCCUCAUUAGCAUCGUGAUUGGCGCGGCGGCAGGAGCCCGAUCACUUCCUGUCAACAUGGUGCACACAGACACCUGCCAAGCUCCACGUGGGUGGCGACCCGUCUGUGAGCAGGCGGUCCGACGGGGACGGGACCUCCGGGCCUCCUCGUCUCUGAGAGUCUGAAGAGGGAAGAAGAGGCACGAGGAUCCUCCUCAGGUUACGUCCACACCAAUAUACGGUUUGAGUGUUAAAACUAAAUCACACCUGUAAACACACGACACCUGACCACUCAGGCGUAGACAGGAAGUUGGUGAAGUGGUGAGAUGUCGGAGCAGCGAGUUGGUGCAGCUUGACGGACUCGACGGAGUUGUUGUGAUAUAGAUUUAUCAUCAUUUAUUAUAUAAAGACACAUUUCCCUUCUGGGAAAGUCUCCCUGUGAGAACAGACGUCCAUCGUCCUCCUGCAGAGAAGCAGGUCACCGUCAACAGAAAACACACAGACGACGACCAACCCGUCGCCGUGAGCAACCAGGAGCAGAAGUCAGGGGUCAGAGGUCACAUGGUCCGGGCAGGAAAAGGGAGUGAAAGGGAAGAACGAGAGAUGUGGAGCAGGAGAUGUGAGGAGGAAGGAAGAAGACCACAGACGGGAAGUGGAAGAGUAGAAAACCCCGUAAGCGAAGGCGAGAGGCGUCCUCCGGUCGCCAGGCCGACUCCUGACUCGGCGUCCGCUCGGUCGAGAAGAUCUCACACUUCACGAGGGAGAGAGACGCUGCGAUCAUGACUCAGUGACGGAGGCUUUCUCUACAAAAAAUGUGUUUUUCAAAAAGGACAAAAAAAACCAACUACUCUGUAGGUUUGCACCAGAUCGGUAGCCAUGGCAACAGGUGCUGGUGGGGGCGGGUGACCAUUGAAGACGAAGCCCUUGAAUGCAACAUGUAGUCGUGUGUGUGUGUGUGUGUGUGUGUGUGUGUGUGUGUGUGUGUAGUAUUAUACACAGCCAGGAACCCAGGAAGACCACGCCCACCGCCACGCACACACACACACACACACACACACACACACACACACACACAGAGCAAACUUAAAGACAGUAGAGAGAUUGUCGUGAUGUCACAGUUUAGCAUUUUGUUCGGUGCCAUCUCGUUUUUUUAAAAGCCAGAAGUGCCAUAUUUGGAGGAGCAGGGGGCGUGGCCUGACUGAGAGCUCAUCCACAUGGACCUGCCCCCAUUGGACGUAACCAGCUGUCAAUCACGUCUGGUGCUUAAUGGUCUAUGAGACUGUAACUGGACCAUGAUGUACAAUAUGAAGACUUAAUACUAGAGAUUGAACCAUAAAAUGUUUUACUGAUGUUAUGAAUCGAGUGAGAAGUCCAGUCGUGUUGUCACAGUCGCCCUCUGCUGGUCAGGACACAGAACACAGGCUUCACACACUUUCCACACACAGUCCACUUUUAUUCAACAGUCGCUGUGAGUGAGGGAUUCUUCCUGACGUGAAUGUGAAGCGCUCCAUCUCAACUUUCACUGAAUAAUUGUAUAACCAGACUCUCUGACCAGUGAAGCAGGUACAAGGCGAUCGUGAACCCGAUGGACAUCCAGACGUCCGGCGCCGUCUUCUGGACGUGUCUGAAGGCCGUUUCCAUCUGGCUGCUGUCCGUCCUGCUCGCCGUCCCCGAGGCCGUCUUCUCCCAGGUCGUCGCCAUGCAGGGUCACAGGGAACACUCCAACAUCACCUUUGUGAACUGCGUUCCGUACCCGCUGUCCAAUCAGAUGCAUCCAAAGAUCCACUCGGUGAUGAUCUUCCUGGUUUACUUCCUGGUUCCUCUCACCAUCAUCUCCGUGUAUUACUACCACAUCGCCCGCACACUCAUCAAGAGCGCCCACGACAUGCCGGGCGAGGUCAGCGAGCACACCAAGAGACAGAUGGAGACGAGGAAGCGUCUGGCCAAGAUCGUGCUGGUGUUCGUGGGUCUGUUCGCCCUCUGCUGGUUCCCCAACCACGUGCUCUACAUGUACCGCUCCUUCCACUACCACCAGAUGGACCUGUCGCUGGCCCACCUUGUCAUCACGCUGCUGGCCCGCGUGCUCAGCUUCUCCUCGUCCUGCGUCAACCCCUUCGCCCUCUACCUGCUCAGCGAGAGCUUCCGCCGGCACUUCAACAGCCAGCUGCGAUGUGGUAGAAGUCACCGCCCCGAGCGCCAGGCCAGCUACAUGCACAGCACCUCCCACAUCCGCCUCACGUCCAUCAAGAAGACCACGCCCACCGCCGCCGCCAUCGCCAUCGCCCCUGUGGCCAACGGCAGCUUCAGCAGACAGGAAGUGGCUCUGUGAAGUGUCACCUCAUCUCAGGUUGGGGAAGAGGAACUCGCACCAGCGGAUGCAGACAUGUUGCUCUUCAUCAGCUCAACCCUCAACUUGAACAACCAAACAAAAAUGUGCCUCUUGGAAAAUACAAGGUCAGAACAGGAGACAAAAACAAAAACAGAAAUGCUUCAGGUUCCUACAGCAGGAACUCUCCAGAUUUAUUGAAACGUGCUUGAUAAAUGUAGAUACCUUACUGAAUAUGUAGGAAAACCUACACAGGAAGCUGAAUGAAACCACGAGUCCGAGUCCGACUGGUUCUCUGUGCCCAGUGCGCUGGAAUGCUUCAUUGCUUGAUUGAUCUAAAAAGACAUUUUCAAGUAUUUGUUGACUCGGUAUCGAUCCACUGAAGAGGGAGCUCCACUGUGUUUGUGUCUGCGGCCUGACGAUGAGGAGGAAGAGCUGCAGAGCAGCGUCUCUGGAGACCUGAGCGAGUCUGAUCCAAGGACAUUUUGUUGAAUGCACGACACCGCUGGGAUACAGGAUGGUCUCCGUCUCUGAACUAAGCCUUGUAAACCAAAACCUGUCCUUGGCUGGAGGACGACAUCUUUGGUAAAUGUUUGGUUUGAUGCUCUGUUACUUUCUGUCCACCAUGGACACGAUAUAUUCGUGAACCACUGGUGAACUAACGCACCGGUUUGGUAGACUUGUAGAAGGCUUUUGAUCCAUGAAAGGAAUACGUCAUGUUGGGACUUGGGAUCACUGCUGCUUCCUGAGCCUCAACGAACUGGUGCCAGAGUCGUGUUGGUACUUCCAGCGCCAGCGUCACCAGUUUGUUGAGUCAUUUCUCACGGCCGUUGUCUGAAGACGCCUCAGCACGAUUCUCUCAGGACUCGCAUCUUUACUUUUUUGCAGAUGAUGGGAUCGUGCUGGUGCAAGACUGGGACCUGAGCCGAGAGACUGACUGCUGUUACGAGAGUCGACACCUUCAAGGCUCUCGGCCCUAAAACCGUGGACGGCUCUCGACUGGGCUGGGAGGCAGUCGCUGAGAGUCUUGAGGCGAGACACACUAAUCGGACUCUUCUGGUUUAUGAUCUGCAUUUACAAACGGUAACUCUUGUCUAGUCUUCACGUUCACUACGAGUCACACACACAUUCAUACAGCGCUUCUGUCUAUCAAGCUCCUUUACCACACGUCUCACUCAGACACAGUUUGGACUUCGGUAUCUUGCCCCAGGAAACUUUGACAAGCGGCCUGGAGGAGCCGGGGAUUGAACCAUCCACCUCCUGAUUAGUGGGUGACCCGCUCUACCUCCUCCUGCCCCAAUGGAACUCUGGGUCGAGACCAGAAGAAUAAGAUACAAGUAGCUGAACCGAGUAUCGUCCACAGGUGCAACACGGUGUAUAUUUUUACAGUGCAGCUAUGUCGGGUUUGCUAUUUGUGAAAUCCAUGAAUGACUUUGUCAUUCUUGCAUAAUCAGGUCGUAUUGUAGGUCAUUGAUAACAGAACAGUGGGAAUGUGUUUUUCAUAAAUAUUUCCAAGGAACCAUCCACGGAUCUGUCAAUCACAAUAACUCUGGUCUCAUAUCACAAUAACGCUAAUGUCUAGACACACUCAAAGAUCCUGACUACAUUUGCUUACAACCAGAAAAAAAAAAAAGUAUCACCUGUAUGUCAUGUGUUGGGAUAAUCUGCCUUCUGUUGGUUGUCCAUGGCAGCAGAUGGCCACGCCGCCGCCGCCAAGAAUAAUAAUAAUGUAAUAAUGCUAAUAAUGUAUGGCUAACGUGAGAUAAACCUUGGUCCUGACCACCAGCUCUGA